GGAAGUCUUGCUAAACUGGAGGAUGCUUUGCUAGUAGUUUUCAGCUUUGUUCAACCUCAACAAGUAAGGAAGACUUAACAAUAGGAAUAUUGGACAUUUGUUAUUAGGUUUCUAGGAUGUUUGUAUAAGGAUAUUUCUUUCCAUUUUGGUUGUCAAAUAACUGCAAUAAUCUCAACACUUAAUCUGUAUUGAUACUUGCAUUCCUGAGGUGCAUAUCUAGUUGACUGAGAAUGUAUUUGUUAUUGUUUUGUUCUCUUGGAAGACUGAGAAAAGGUUGGCCUCAAUUUUAGUAAAAGUGUUUUAUUUUGACAUUCUUGAUAAAAAUAAAAUAAUAAUUCAACUUUGUGAAAGUUAAAUAAUUCUGUAAUUCACAUACCAUUCAUUUUGAUCGAAUUGUAAAUAGGAAAAAUAGUGUGCAUUGGAAAUAAAUGAAAUGAAAUAUUAGCAACAUUGCCUAACAAUCAACCUGUAAGAUCUAAGUGUCGCGCAGCGGGUGAAAGUGGUUAGAUAGUAAAGGUGAGAUAAGUGUUGGUCUCUGCCUGAGGGAUCUCUUCUGGGGUCAUUAACCAUGACGACGGGCACAGGGGGCCCAGUGGCCUCGUUCUCUGUGUGGGACUAUGUGGUGUUUGUGGGCACACUCCUGGGGGCGGUUGGCAUCGGCCUAUUCCAAGCCAUCCGGGGCCGCAAGAACACCAGCAGCGGUGAGUUCCUGCUGGGGGGCCGUCAGAUGACAGCGGUGCCCGUUGCCAUGUCCCUCACUGCCAGCUUCAUGUCUGGCAUCACCGUGAUCGGAACGCCAGCCGAAGCCUAUCGGUUUGGGGCAGGCUACUGGAUCUUUGCCAUCUCCUAUGCCAUCAUGUCCACCAUCACCGCCGAGAUCUUUGUCCCUCUUUUCUACCGCCUGGGCAUCACCAGCACCUAUGAGUAUCUGGAGAUGCGCUUUAACAAGUUGAUUCGGGUGAUCGGGACAUCCAUGUACAUCAUACAAACGGUCCUGUACACUGGUAUGGUCAUCUAUGCGCCAGCUCUCGCACUCAAUCAAAUCACAGGGAUGAACCUCUGGGGAGUGCUGGUGGCCACUGGGGGGGUGUGCAUCCUCUACUGUACCCUGGGAGGUCUGAAGGCGGUGAUAUGGACAGACGUGUUUCAGAUGGUGAUCAUGUUAGCAGGCUUUGUGGCCGUCAUCGCCAGGGGGGCUGUCAUCCAGGGGGGCCUGGGGACGAUCUGGGACGACUGCUACAAGGGAGGCAGGCUCAACGCGUUUGAUUUUGACCCAGACCCUUUGAAGCGUCACACGUUCUGGACGAUCGUGGUUGGUGGCAGUGUAAUGUGGGUGUCCAUCUACUCCAUCAACCAGUCCCAGGUGCAGCGUUACAUCUCCUGCAAAACCCUAACCCAAGCCAAACUGUCACUGUAUGGGAAUAUAAUUGGUCUCUGGUUGACUGUGAGCUUAGCAGUGUUCUCCGGCCUCACCAUGUACUCCAUUUACAAAGAUUGUGAUCCAUUCACUAACGGUGAUGUAGGGGCAGUUGAUCAGCUGCUUCCAUACCUGGUGAUGGACAUUCUGGCAGCCUAUCCUGGAGUCCCUGGGUUGUUUGUAUCUGCAGCAUACAGUGGUACACUAAGUACUGUGUCCUCCAGCAUCAAUGCGCUGGUGGCUGUCACUGUGGAGGACUUCAUCAGGCCAGCGUGCAAAAACCUGACAGAGAAACAGGUGUCCUGGAUCAACAUGGGCCUCAGUGUUUUCUUCGGGGUUUUGUGCAUUGGGAUGGCUGCAAUAGCUUCACUGAUGGGGAGCAUUUUGCAGGCAGCACUCUCCAUAUUUGGAAUGAUCAGUGGACCUCUUCUUGGACUUUACCUACUAGGCAUGUUCUGGCGCACAGCAAACUCAACAGGGGGACUCACAGGGCUGAUUGUGGGCCUUGUUAUUACCCUGUUGGUAGGGAUUGGAGCGCAGAUAUACCCACCCUCAGCUGAUAAGAUCAACCCCCUGCCAAUCAGUGUGGCAGGCUGUAACCGCACACAGGACCUGAACUACACCACCCUGGCCCCAUGGACCAGCGCAGUAACACUGACCCCUCUGCCUGAUGACCGACCAGCUCUGGCAGACUCAUGGUACUCUUUGUCCUACGUGUACUUCUGUCUUCUGGGCACUCUGGUGACUGUGAUCGUGGGCCUGGUGGUAAGCGCUAUCACAGGUGGCUGCAAGCAGGAGAAUCUACGCUCGGAUCUCUUUGUAAGGAGAAGUGAUCUAUUCUGCGCUGGCUGUGGCAAGGAUUCAGAGGCAUCAGACCCUGAGAUAAAUGAAAAGGCUGGGUCAGAGCUGAAGAAAGGAUCAAACAACGCUGGAUUCAAAGACUCUCAGCUUAACAUUGUGGAUAAGGAUGUGGAGAAGGUCACUAAAAUGUGAUGCUGCCACCAAGCUAAAUACACGCUGUCUACUGGAGUGCUCCAAGAGAACGAUUUGUCCUCUCACAUUUCCAUUCUAGUUUUAUUAUAAUGAAAUUAAUUGCUAAGAAAAGGAAGCCCAAGUGUGUAAUUAUGCAGAUGAAGUCUCUAAUCAGCAAAUGUGUGUGUGAGUGACAUGUCUCUAAGAACAAAGGACAAGCAUUUCUAACCCCAUAUUCAACAGGGUCAAUACUGACCGUGGGUCCCAACACAUUUUUUUAAAUUUAUUUUUACUCAGUUGGGCAUUCAAUUUACUGCUGUCGAGAGUUGUAAUAGCAGAGAAUGCACAAGGCAGCAUUUCAAAAUGUGUUAGUGCAUGGGCAGUUUUCCUCUAUUUAUGUCACUCACUGACAGACCUUAAAGAGCUAUUUAAACCUGUCAGAAAUUUCCAGUUGAUCAACUAGCUAGCCUAUGGUAGCUAGGUAGGUAUGUUAGGCUAACCAGCUAUCUAAAUCUUGUUGUUAUCAUCAGAUUACUUGACCAGGGGCCUCAACACCCAAGGGGCCUCCAUUGAUAUUGUUGAGUCACUAAAGUAUCAUAUCAACACACAUAUGACAUGGCAAAAUGUCUAUAAUUGGAGGAAAUUAGCUUUAAAACUGCAACAACAACAAAACUAAAUCACCAACAAGGGGGGUGUGAACAGUUUGAACAGUUUGGGGUCGUAUGGGUUGUGAGGUGGGGGUUUGUGACUUUUCAACAAUGUGUUAAGAUUAUAAAUCAAAUAAGUUUAAUUAAAAAUACAUGAAUUAAAAUAUACAUCUAACCUACUUGUCACUACAAAUAAUGGACUUGUAAUA